UUAAUACCAUAACUGUUGCUGCAUUAUUAGUACCAUACUUCAACUACUCCAUUUUUUAUGAUCUUCUUCUACACCAAAAGCUUUCAUGAAUCUCAAACCACAACUUCCCUUAAUUUGCCUCUUGGCCCUAAUUGCUAUCGUACGUGCAAAUGAUGAUUGCCCCCCUUUGCGGUGCGGAAACCUUACCAUCGGCUACCCAUUUCGACUAAAGACUCAACCCCGCAACUGUGGUGAUCCGAGGCUCGAAUUGGACUGUGAGAACAGUACCGACCGCACAGUUUUGAUCAUCGAACAAGAGAAAUUCUAUGUCCAAAACAUAUCGUAUUCCGAUUACACGAUACGAUUUGUCGAUCCGAGCUUGGUUGAUAUAAACAAUUGCUCCAUUCCUCUUAGUUCCUUUCCUUUAUCUGGUUCUAGUUGUGAUCAAUACAUGUUUGAUCCAAUUGAUUAUCAAUUCAUGUAUAUAGUGAACUGCAUGACACUAAUGGAAUCUCGGGUUUAUAUCGAUGCCUCUCGUUGCAUCAACGGUAGCGGUUCAUCUUCUAGCCAACAGAGUCACUUCUAUUUUUUAGUCGGACGUACGCCGCCAAGCGAGUUCAAUCCAUCUUGCACGACCGUAGCCAUUGUUCCUGGUGAUUUCCGAAACAUCUCGGGGUUGCUGACAUCGGACGUGUACGAAAAGCUAUCGAAGGGGUUCGAAAUGUCAUGGAGGUAUUACAACAUAAGCUGCGAGGAUGAUCAGGGAUUUUUCAUCGUACAUAUGUUGUCAUCUUUGCGGUAUGGUUUGGUAAUUUAUUUGGAAAGCUUUAUACACUACCUUUUCAAUGGCCCUCAUUUAGCCUCAGACACUCAAAACACACCUCCAUCAUCAUACACUACCUCAUUGAUGGUAACAGGUGGAGUUUUGAUACCAAGAACAUUGUUGGGCAUAAUUUGCUUGAUUGCAUUGGUUACAUAUAAAUGGCAAAGGAGGCAUUUAUCUGCAGAUGAUAAAAUUGAAGAGUUUCUUCGAAGUCAGAAUAAUUUAAUGCCUAUAAGGUAUUCUUAUAAUGAGAUAAAAAGAAUUACUAAAGGUUUUAAAGAUAAAUUAGGUGAAGGAGGCUAUGGUUCAGUGUUCAAGGGAAAACUUCGAAGCAAUCAUCUUGUGGCAGUGAAACUAUUGGGCAAAGCUAAAACAAACGGGCAAGAUUUCAUUAGUGAAGUUGCUACGAUAGGGAGGAUUCAUCAUGUUAAUGUAGCGAAACUUGUUGGGUUUUGCGUGGAAGGAUCAAAACAAGCUCUUGUAUAUGAUUUCAUGCCAAAUGGAUCUCUUGAUAAAAUUAUAUUUAGUGGAGAAAAUAAAAUUACAUUAACUUGGCAGAAAACGUUUGAAAUUGCAAUUGGGGUGGCUCGAGGGAUUGAAUACUUACAUCGAGGAUGUGAUACACAAAUUCUACAUUUUGAUAUCAAGCCGCACAACAUUCUUCUAGAUGAGAACUUUGUACCAAAAGUUUCGGAUUUUGGUCUUGCAAAAUUAUAUUCAGUAGAUGACAGCAUCGUAUCUCUCACAGCAGCACGGGGUACAUUAGGAUAUAUUGCUCCUGAGUUGGUUUACAAAAACAUUAGAGGCAUCUCGUAUAAAGCCGAUGUGUAUAGUUUCGGAAUGUUAUUAAUGGAAAUGAUAGGAAAGAGGAAGAAUUUAAACGAAUUCGUUGAACACUCAAGCCAAACAUACUUCCCAUCAUGGGUUUAUGAUCGAUUCAAUCAAGGAGAGGAUAUAGAGUUGGGAGAUGCUCAAUUGACAAGUACCGAAAAGACGAUUGUGACGAAGAUGAUAAUAGCAGCCUUUUGGUGUAUACAAAUGAAACCCAUCGAUCGUCCUUCAAUGAGCAAAGUACUGGAAAUACUCGACACAGAUAUUAAAUUUCUUGAAAUGCCUCCAAAACCAUAUCAACUUCUUCUUGAAUCAUCAAGCAGUACUGAAGAUUAUUUUACUAAAUCCGCCUUCGUUGAUUAUAAUUAGCUUUAAUGUAGUUUAAACUUGGAAAAGUGAAAAUAAAAAUAAAAUUGCUUCCUAUGCAA